UUGUCGCAGGGUCUCAGUUCUCGCCUGGGAGCAGGGCGGUACAGUUUAGUGAGUGCAGCCAGAGAACAUCGGACAGACACCUCGGGACGCAGAAGGAGUAAAGUUCUUACGGUAGUGCCUGUGCCCAGCGCCUGGGACAAACAACAGCAACAUGCCUGCCGAUAAGCACGGCCGGACAGACUCGUACCGCGUGGCUACCAUCCCGUCGCUGCCGGACGACAACAAGACUGCCGACGGCAAGGCUAAGUCCCGGCGGAAAGAACCAUCAUCAAAGAAGAAGAAAGCAGAUAACUUAGAUGAUUUGAAACAAGAGUUAGAUAUAGAUUUCCACAAGAUUUCACCAGAAGAGCUCUAUGCACGUUUCAGCACAAAUCCAGAAACAGGUCUAACACAUGCAAAAGCAAAGGAAGUUCUUGAACGUGAUGGACCAAAUGCUCUCACACCUCCAAAGCAAACACCUGAAUGGGUGAAGUUUUGUAAGAACUUAUUUGGAGGCUUUGCCUUGCUGCUGUGGAUAGGAGCAAUUUUAUGCUUCAUUGCUUAUUCCAUCUUAGCAAGUACUGUAGAGGAACCUUCAGACGAUAAUUUAUUUUUGGGUGUAGUCUUAUCAGCAGUAGUGAUUGUGACGGGCUGCUUCUCAUAUUAUCAAGAAGCCAAGUCCUCGGCGAUCAUGGAAUCAUUUAAACACAUGGUCCCGCAGUUCGCAACGGUUCUCCGUGGAGGUGAAAAACUGACACUUCGAGCUGAAGACAUUGUGCUAGGUGAUGUGGUUGAAGUGAAGUUUGGUGAUCGCAUUCCAGCAGAUAUUAGGAUUAUUGAAUCUCGAGGGUUUAAGGUUGAUAACUCUUCACUGACAGGAGAGUCGGAACCACAGAGCCGCAGCCCAGAAUUUACACAUGAAAAUCCCCUUGAGACAAAGAAUCUUGCAUUCUUCUCUACAAAUGCUGUUGAAGGUACUGCCAAAGGAGUAGUAAUAAGCUGUGGUGACAAUACAGUAAUGGGGCGAAUUGCUGGUUUGGCAUCGGGAUUGGAUACUGGUGAAACACCUAUUGCUAAGGAAAUUCACCACUUCAUCCAUUUAAUCACUGGAGUUGCUGUUUUUCUUGGAGUUACAUUUUUCGUCAUAGCUUUCAUCCUUGGUUAUCAUUGGCUCGACGCUGUCAUAUUUCUUAUUGGUAUCAUUGUAGCUAAUGUACCUGAGGGCCUGCUGGCCACUGUGACAGUGUGUCUGACGCUGACAGCAAAGAGGAUGGCCUCAAAGAACUGCUUGGUGAAGAACUUGGAAGCUGUAGAAACUCUUGGUUCCACCUCAACCAUAUGCUCAGACAAGACUGGAACCUUGACUCAGAAUCGUAUGACUGUUGCCCAUAUGUGGUUUGAUAACCAGAUAAUUGAGGCUGAUACUACAGAAGACCAGUCAGGUGUGCAGUAUGAUCGAACAAGCCCAGGAUUUAAGGCAUUGGCGAGAAUAGCAACACUUUGUAACAGAGCUGAAUUCAAGCCCGGUCAGGAUGGAGUACCAAUCUUGAAAAGAGAAGUAAAUGGUGAUGCAUCAGAGGCAGCCUUAUUAAAGUGUAUGGAACUUGCUUUGGGAGAUGUAAUGUCAAUUCGAAAGCGCAACAAGAAAGUUUGUGAGAUACCAUUUAAUUCGACUAACAAGUAUCAGGUAUCUAUCCAUGAAACAGAAGAUGCGAAUGAUCCCCGUUACUUAAUGGUUAUGAAAGGAGCACCGGAACGUAUUCUGGAUAGAUGUUCUACAAUUUUUAUUGGUGGUAAAGAGAAAGUCCUGGAUGAAGAAAUGAAGGAAGCUUUCAAUAAUGCAUACCUUGAAUUGGGUGGUCUAGGAGAACGUGUGCUUGGUUUCUGUGACUUUAUGCUGCCAACAGACAAGUUUCCUCCUGGAUUCAAGUUUGAUGCUGAUGAUCCUAAUUUUCCCCUAAAUGGACUUCGUUUUGUUGGGCUUAUGUCAAUGAUUGAUCCACCUCGUGCAGCUGUACCUGAUGCUGUUGCAAAGUGUCGUUCUGCUGGUAUAAAAGUUAUCAUGGUGACUGGUGAUCAUCCCAUCACUGCCAAGGCUAUUGCUAAAUCUGUUGGAAUCAUCUCUGAAGGCAAUGAAACUGUGGAAGAUAUUGCACAACGAUUAAACAUUCCAGUGUCAGAAGUUAAUCCUCGUGAAGCAAAAGCAGCUGUGGUUCAUGGUACAGAACUACGUGACCUUAAUUCUGAUCAGCUAGAUGAGAUCCUCAGGUAUCACACUGAAAUUGUGUUUGCGCGCACAUCACCUCAACAAAAGUUGAUCAUUGUAGAAGGCUGUCAACGAAUGGGAGCUAUUGUAGCUGUGACUGGUGAUGGUGUAAAUGACUCCCCUGCACUCAAGAAAGCUGACAUUGGUGUGGCUAUGGGUAUUGCUGGCUCUGACGUAUCAAAGCAGGCUGCUGACAUGAUCCUGUUGGAUGAUAACUUUGCUUCAAUUGUAACUGGUGUGGAAGAGGGGCGUUUGAUCUUUGACAACUUGAAGAAGUCUAUUGCGUACACACUGACAUCCAACAUCCCUGAAAUAUCACCUUUCCUUGCAUUCAUCUUAUGUGACAUUCCUCUACCCCUUGGCACAGUUACAAUCUUGUGCAUUGAUCUGGGCACUGACAUGGUCCCUGCCAUCUCAUUAGGAUAUGAGCUUGCAGAAGCAGAUAUAAUGAAGCGUCCUCCAAGAAACCCAAGAACGGAUAACUUGGUUAACAGAAGGCUUAUCUCCAUGGCAUAUGGGCAGAUUGGCAUGAUACAGGCUGCAGCAGGAUUCUUUGUCUAUUUUGUAAUAAUGGCUGAGAACGGUUUCUUGCCUCUCAAACUAUUUGGAAUUCGAAAGCAGUGGGACUCGAAGGCUGUUAAUGAUCUUCCAGAUUCUUAUGGUCAAGAAUGGACCUAUCAGGACAGAAAGAAACUGGAAUACACCUGCCACACUGCAUUUUUCGUAACAAUUGUGAUUGUGCAGUGGGCAGAUUUGAUCAUCUGCAAGACUCGUCGCAACUCUAUCAUUCACCAGGGAAUGAGGAACUGGGCUCUGAACUUUGGUCUUGUUUUUGAGACUGCUCUGGCUGCCUUCUUAUCAUAUUGUCCAGGCAUGGACAAAGGCCUGCGGAUGUAUCCUCUGAAAUUUGUGUGGUGGCUACCAGGACUGCCGUUCUCCCUAGCCAUCUUCAUUUACGAUGAAGUGCGCCGUUUCUACCUACGCCGAAACCCAGGUGGUUGGCUGGAACAGGAAACAUACUACUAGAGUGCUCCAGGCCUGGUGACAAGCAGUGCCAGCGUUAAGCCUGCCACGUUUUAGUAGGCACAUCAGGAAGGAGGAAAGCGGUGUACCACAGAGUGUGUCAUGCGUGUACUGUUCUGCUCUUACAGUGUCUGGAUAUUUAAACAGUUACAGAAAACAGAAGAAUAUUGAUUGUUAAAAGUGCAAGAUAUAUAUAUUAUAUAUAAUUCCACUGUUAAGUAUUCUUCUACUACACUUUUAAACAUUUUGUGUUCGCUGUCCGAGGGACACGGCUGGGCCGGUUAGCUCCCAGGAAGCCAUUCUUUUUUACGUGCACUUUUGGAGCUGUCAAUAGCAGUCUACCGAAUUUGACAGGUUGCUGCAGUUGAUAUUUUGGUUUAGUGAAAAUAGCUGUUAUUGAAAUGUGGAAAAGUGUGCACAAACUCAAUGUUCUUUUAUUGUACAGUGUAUGUUGAGAAUUACAACGGGAAAGUGAAAAAGAGGGAUCUGUUAAAGAUGUGAAGUUUGAUGAAUUGCCUUGUUCUUCAGGAAAAGUGUCUUGUUUGAUAGAACCAGCUAGUCUUUUUCAGACAUGUUCAGCCUUUCUCAACCAUUCAGCUUCUUGGGGAGGGCAGGUGAUCUUUUAUGACAUUCCACACGUCUGAAUAGUUGCCUUAAGUGGAAGCUGUGUUUUGGGUGAACGUAUCAUCUGUGUAGGAAGUGAGAAGAGCUUUGUUAAAAUUUGGUUUUUCCCCAGUCAGGCUUGCUGAGAAUUUUUCCCCGAGUUGCAUCAGAAAAAACUUUCAAGAGAGAUUAUAAAGCAGUGGUGUUAACUAGAUAUUUGAACUAUCUCCAUUGAAACAUAUAACAGUAAUAAGUGCAGAUUUUUCAUAUCCUUUUUUUCUUUCCUUUUCUUUUCUUUUUGGAGGAGAAGAAUGGUGUAAAUAACACUUAAAACUAGAUCCAGAGUAUUAGUUAGCUAACAAGAAAAGAGGUGUAAAGGUUUCUGAGCUACAUAGAUGAUUUAAAGGUAAACAGUUUAAUGUCCAUGCUUGAACCGAACUGGAUACUUAGGUAAUAGACAUGCAUUAGGUUUAGUGUUUCCUUGUCGUCAUGAUACAUGGCUCAUGUGGCAGUAAUGGAUUGCAACACGCUGCUUUCUUCCCCGUGACAGCCUGAGAAGAGGGUGGAACGUUAAUUUUCAUUCACCUUGUUGUAAAUAUUUUAAAUUUUCUCAGCUGCUUGAAAUAUUUUGUUUCUAAUUUGUGUUAGCAAGGAAAACUUUCCGCCAGCUUCUUGCACAGGCUAGAGAACAAACUGUAUAAACUGUGUCAAUGUUUGGGUGUUAAAUGAACAAAUAAACAAACUUCUUAAAAUA